CAAACUGUCGGCAAGACGCACUUUUCUACCCAUUGCAGCGGCUGCAGCGAUAUAUCGCCAUUUUGCGCGUUUUGCAUACUGGAAAAUGUCAGUAUGGUGGAUUUUUGGUGGUUUUUGAUGAAAAAUCAAGCCGCAAAGCAUACUAAAAGUGUAGUGAAGUGAAGUGUUCAGUCGGACCAGCAGUGUGAAGUGAAUUUUAUCAGCUGUGGUCAUUAUCCUAGUCGAGUAGUGAUAGGAAUAUUGCGUUUCGUGCGUGUGUGGAAAAUAGUGCUCGAAGGGGUGGCUAAAAAUAAUUACAUUGAAAAACAAUUGAGGAGUUCCCUGAUUUUAUCGCCGCACCGGUUGCGAAAGGAAAACAUUCAAAAUGAUGUUCACGGGAACCAAUCAGCAGCAGGACACCCGCUUCAGCGAUAAGGAGAAGAAGCUCCUUAAACAGAUGAAGUUCGGUGAUAGCCUCAAUAAACGCGUUGACAUGUCGAAGGUGAAGUUAGAUGUGCUACGACCGUGGAUAAGUAAGAAAAUUACCGACAUGCUUAACAUCGAGGAUGAUGUUAUUGUAGAAUUUGUUUACAACCAGUUAGAGGAGGAAAAGUUUCCGUGUCCGAAGAAAAUGCAGAUAAAUAUGACCGGUUUCCUAAACGGAAAGAACGCGCGUGUUUUCAUGGAAGAUCUCUGGGCGCUGUUGCUUUCCGCACAGGAGUCUGACUCCGGAAUACCGGCUGAGUUUAUAGAACAGAAGAAGGAAGAGAUAAUGAAGAGGGAGGAAGACUCCAAACUUCUAGAUGAAGUAAGGUCACGAAGGUCUCGCAGUCGAGGUGGAAGUCGCGACAGGGAUGACCAUAGAAAAACUAAGAAGGAAGUACGUCCAAUGUACAAACCCGAGCCAGAGGAGUACCUCGAUGAGGAGGAAAAAAUGAUUGAAGAUUUCAUCGAAGCUGAUGUUCCAAUUUCCAAGGACAAGGAGGCAAAGAAAAUCGUCGAGGAAGUAAAGGCUCCCGUUGUGAGAGAUGCCUCACCGGAACGUAACUCGAAAAAAACACCGGAAAGAUCGAGGGAAAACCACAAGACAACUGAUAAUUCGGACCGAACUCGGCGUAAGUCUCGUGAGCGUUCGCGUUCCCGUGAGCGACGUAGAUCUCGCGAUCGGCGUUCAUCGAGGGAUAGAAAAUCUUCCAGGGAUCGGCGGCGCUCGAGAUCCACUCGACGAUCUGCGGAUCGUGCAAGGAAGAGGAGUCGUUCACCUAGGGAUAAGCGGGACGGACGGAAUCGUGACGACGCCCGCAAACGUUCCCGCAGUGUAAUUCGUGCUAAAAAGGCGGAUAUUAAUGAAAAACCAGCUGACAAUGGAUCGAUUUCAAAACUGCAGACGAAGCUGAUGAACCUAGCUGAAGGUAAAAAGGUUUCCCCGGCAGCAAAACGACGCAGUCGUAGUCGCUCAACUUCGCGCUCACGCUCUCGUUCAUCGAGCAAGAAGAAAAGUGUUAGUCGAUCCCGAUCGAGAUCCAGAUCAAGAUCUAAAUCCAAGGGGCGAAAGAACAGAAAGUCGCGUUCGCGCUCAAGGCGCUCUCGGAGUUCCAAUUCUUCCGGAUCAUCAUCCAGCAGUCGCAGUGGAGAUCGCAAAAAGACAACUAGUAGAAAUGCUGGUGGGGCUAAGAAGAGAAAUGGAAAAAGUCGUAGUCGUAGUCACAGCCGCAGCCGUCGAGGUACAUCACGUUCUAGGAGUCACUCGGGCAGCAGCCGUUCGUCAUCUCGACCUGCCAAAGGUAAUGAUUUCGAGAUACAGAAGAAAGAAAACAGCAUCCAGAAGAAACGACACUACCGGUCGAAUAAGGAUUCAUCAGAGUCCGAAUCCGAUCGCGAUAGCCGCGCAACCGCGAGGAAAGGCGAUCGUGGUGGUCGUGAUCGUCGAUCUCAUUCUCGUGGGAAAGCGAAUGCAUCGAGAAGCAGGAAGGAUCGCUCACGUUCCAAGAAUCGCUCCAGGUCACGAAAUCGUUCGCGCUCUAGAAAUCGUUCCCGUUCGCCGAGACGCUGGUCUCGAUCACCCAGAGGCAGAGGAGGGCGUAGCAACCGUGGCAAAUUUGCUGGUGGUGGUAAUAGUGGUAGCGGUAGCGGCGGCGCCGUUGGCGGUGGAGGCGGCCAAAGUGGAGCCGCUAGUAGUGGCAAUAACACCAGUGGAGGCAGCAGCGGUAACCGCCGUCGAUCGCCAGCUCGUGGCGGUCGCGGUGGCUUCUUUCCGCCACGUCGUGGCGAAAGCCCGUCGUCAUCCCGUGAGUAUAACUACAAUCGACGAUCGUCCCGGGAACGCCAGGGUCAGUGGCGACGUUCAGAUGAGCAACAGCAGCAGCAGCAGCUACAGCAACCUCAACCCGCUAGUCGUCCGCCGAUGGGCCCUCCCGCUUCUAGGUUUGAUGAAAGACGGCCCGGGAAUGCGGCGAACAGUCGCCAGAGUAGGGAACGCAGUAGCAGUAGUGAUGUGAGGAAGAAACCCGUGGAAGCUCGUGGUAAUUGGGAUGAAGAUAAAAAGAGCUCCGCAUCUAAAAAUGGAGAUAACACUUUGGAUUCUGGAGAAUUUUGGGAUGAUGGUGGCAGUGCCCCACUUCUUUCCGAAUUCAAAGGGUCCGAGCGUAAGUCGUCCGACCGCAAAGCGUCUGAGCGUAAGCCAUCCGAACGCAAGACAUCUGAAUACAGGGCAUCCGAACAUGUUGUUUCGGAACACAAAUCUGCCAGAGAAAAGAAACCCGAUAUUGUUCCUGAAGAAAGCCGCAAAGGAACUAGAAAACAAGAAGUCAAAAAGGUGGUGGAACCGGCGAAAAAAGAAAGCGUUAAGGUUGAGGAAAAAAGACCUAUUAUAAGAUCGAGGUACAGUAGCAGCUUGUCGAGGACUCCCUCGCCAUUCUUGAAACCACAUGAACGUUUGGCGGCUGCCACUGCUGCUACUUCCUCUAGUACCACUUUGGCGGCAACUUCAAACGCAACUCAAAAGGAUGAUAAGUCUCUGUCCAGAUCUACGGCCACAAAUGCUGUACCUAAACCCAAAGCUAAGGUUAGUAAUAACAAAAAGUAUUCGAGCGAUAGUGAGAGCAGUGAUAGCAGCAGCGAUUCGGACGAGGAGGAGAAAUCAUCUCGCAAAAAGAAAUUGAAAAAGAAGCAGUCGAAAAAACGUCGGCAGUCAACAUCCUCCAGCGAAGAUGAUUCAUCGGAUGGUAGUGAUAAUGAGGAUGAACCUCCGAAGAGAUCUGCCAAACAGGAUGCAGAAGAACGCAAGAAAAGCAAUGCACUCAAACUGGAAAAAGAAAAGGAGAAAGAAGCUGCGGCGGCAGCUGCCGCGGCCGCUGCUGCUGCUUCUGCUGCCGCCGCUGCUGCUGCAGUAGCGAAGGCUAGAGAGGAAAAGGCGAGAGAAGAGAAGGCAAGAGAGGAAAGUAACAAGAAACGUAAGCGUACAACAAGUUCUGAAUCUCACAACGCCGAUGAAAAGAAAAUCGCUCCGAAAGAUGUUAAAUUGAAAAAAGUCGUCGAGAAACCAUCUUCGUCAUCAUCUAGUGAUUCUGAGACUGACCGGGCGAAGAAAAAACGUCGCAAGGAUAGAAAGAAACGGGAAAUCUCGGAGGGUAGUUCUUCCGACUCGGACAGUACUAAGAAGAAAAAGCACAAGAAACACAAAAAGCAUGGCAAAAAGCACAAGAAGCACAAGAAACACAAGAAGAACAAAAGCAAACAUCGCGACAGCAGUUCGUCGUCUGAUGAUGAUGAGGACGUGCGAGGUCCAGGAGGGACGGUUGUCAAUGAUGAUUUGGAGAAACAACUACGUGAGCGGGCACUCAAAUCGAUGAAGAAACAGCAAAGUAUAUCGGACUGAAUGUAUGAAACUCAACACUAUAUCAUGUUGGGUAACAAGUUUCACAAUAAUUGAAUUUCAAACACGAUUGGUCACGCUCCCUUACAAUUUUGUUAGUUGUAAAAUAAGGAUAAAUUAUAGGUUCAAACUACUAGAUAUUAUAUUAUUAUAGUGACUGUCAAAAUUUAUUGGAAAUCCUUCUUGAUACAAUACAUAAUACAUGAAUCCAA